CUUUACAAUAUGGUUAAAAGCGUUUUACGUGUUUUUAAGAAAUGGAAGUACGUUCGUAAACUCAGAAUUCAGUUGUUAGCCACAACUCCAUCUUCACCACGAAGUGUAGAAAAUUUUACCGUUAGUAUUUCUGGAAAGAAACGCGUGAUAAAGAAAGAUUGAACGCUUAAUAUGAAGCUCUGAAAAAAAUAGAAGUCAUGAAAAGAAUAGAAAGUCAAGAAGAAGAAAUAAGAAGUGAGAUUGAAGAAAAUUAUGAAUAAGACCCUGAUGACCCAAGUCAUGGGGCUGGAAUGCCUUAUGGUGCUGGAAUGCUGGUGCUGCUAUUAUUGGUGUUUUCAGGCCCCAAGGACGCCAGGAUGAAGCCGCUCGCGCUUCUUCUGGUCCUCCUCCUCCUCCAGAAGGCGGUGAGCAGCCUGCAAAAGCUGGAUAUGCAAAACGACGUCAAUGCGCUAACGCAAGUCGGUGCUGGGUACGCGGUCCUCACCCCCACCCUCACUCACGCAUACGGAAACGCCCAUCACCAUCAGCCGCACAUCUCGCGCCUCGAGGUCACGUGCGAGCUUAGCACCAUGGUGGUGGCCCUCGAGUUCGACGCGCCCUUCGACGGCCAAGGGCCACUUCUACGACCCGCGCUGCGGUGGUGCACAGGAUCUCAUUUCACGAAGCACCCUUCGACGGCGUGGUGUACAGCUAAGGGCACCACUUCGAGACCCGCGCUGCCGGUGAGUGCACAGGUUUCAUUUCACGACGCGCCCUUCGACGGCGUGGUGUUCAGCAAGGGCCACUUCGACGACCCGCGCUCUCGGUACGUGGCCGCCGGGACGAACCGCGCGGCGUACACCUUCCAGAUUCCUCUGAACGGCUGUGGAACGACGCCUGGCGGGGGCUUCGGACGCACCGUCGACAACGUCAUCGUCAUCCAGUCCGAUGACACCGUCCAGGAAAUAUGGGACACGGCGCGCAAGCUGUCGUGCGCCACGGCGAACAGCAAGGAGAAGACGGUGAUCUUCCGCCCGUUCGUGGUGGACAUGCUGGAAGUGGUGACGGUGCCGGAGGCCGUGGGCUCCACAGCACCGAUCGAGGAGAUCAUCAAGAUCGGCGAGACGCUGACCAUCCUUGGUGUACUCAAGGACAACGACAACCAGUACGACGUGCGGGUGCGGCGCUGCUGGGCGUACGACAACGAGGAUACGAGGCCAAGGACACGCACCGCCUGCAGUCAACAGACGACGAGGGUGCCCAAGAAAAGAAAGCUGAUAGGAUACUGGCAGCGUACACACGAAACAGGAUCGUCGGGAGCCAGUAUCAUCGCCUACAACAACAUCACCGCCUUCAAGUUCUCCGACCGCAUGCAAGUUUUCCUCACGUGCAACAUUGAGAAUGGCAUCAUGAGUCCUCCCCAGUGAUGCCCAAAGCCGACAACGCCAGUGGACGACACACAACCCCCUCCUCGGUGCUACCCAGGGUCCACCGACCCGCGCUGCCCACGGCCUACUCGUCCGCCCACCGCGCCACCAACGUACCUGCCUCCCAGCACCCAGCCGCCCACACGGCCUCCGACAACGCAGAGACCCAGGUGCUACCCAGGGUCUACAGACCCCCGGUGCCCUCAAACGCCGCCAACUCCGAGGCCCACGACGCAGGCACCGAGGUGCUAUCCGGGCUCCAACGACCCUAGGUGUCCACCGCCACAAACGACCACGCCACCUCUGAGAUGCUAUCCUGGUUCAAAUGAUACACGGUGCCCGCCUCCUCCAACAACCGAGACACCAACUUUGAUCACUACCAUACUCGGCACAGUAUGCGUCCCAGGAACGAACGAUCCUCGAUGUCCAUCUAGAUCCACUACACCGCCACCAACGACUCAGCCACCAAGAUGCUAUCCGGGAUCCAAUGAUACACGGUGCCCGCCUCCUCCAACAACCGAGACACCAACUCUGACCACUAUCAUACUCGGCCCAAGAUGCGUCCCAGGAACGAACGAUCCUCGAUGUCCACUACGACCGGUAGAAGGAUCACCAAUAGGAUCGCCCCCACCACUAAUGGACAGUCCGACGGGAACCAAAUGCCUUCCUGGAACAACAAAUCCCAGAUGCCCUCGAAGAAGACCGGCACCAUCACAGCCCAGAUGAUGUUCUCAAUCAACAGAUCCCAAGUCACUAAAAUCUAAACUUCCACCGCCUUCACUCAAUACUCAAACACUACCCAGAUUACUUUCACGAUCAACAGAUCCAUCAUAUCUUCAGAAAAAGACCGGCAAUCUUCAAUGAAUGUCUCGUUACUCCUCAAACUAGGCUUCCACUUCCAACAAAACUUCGUCUCCCACAUGUUGUCCGACAUCCACAUAUCGCAGUUUUUCCAGAACUAUACCUCCAUCCUCAUCACCAUUACCAUCACACUUGUCUGCACCACCCACAUGUUUCCCUUGAUCUUCGGAUCCGAAAUACGAUCCACGUCUUCAAGCAUGUACUGUAUUUUCUGUAUCACCACCACCAUGAUUCAAUAGGUUCACAACCCCCGGAAAAUGACGCUUAAGUAAUGUGUUUUUGUGCUUUGUGUUCUAUUCGUUGCAAAAUUUGAGAAAAAUUAAACCCUUUUUAGACAAUCUUGUUUAUUUCUCAUAAAUUUGCUACGAUUUCACUCAAAAUUUCGUAAAAAUUAUUCGCGUGAAAAGUUUAAAAUUACUUUAAUUGAAGACCUCAUUUUAAAGAACAGAUUUUAUUACGAACAAAUCUCUAUCGUCUGUAAUGUAGAUGAAAUUAUGGAUCCAAAAAGCUUUACACAUUAGCGAGUUUCGAAAUUCGUCCUACAGACUUCAUGUAAAAAAUUUGGAAGAACCUCUUGAAAUUUGCUGGACUUCGAGCAUAGCCAGGUCAAUGAGGAAUAUAUCAUUUGGUGGGAAAUCCUCUACAUAGUUCAAGCACUAGUGUUCUUUACAGACAGACGGACAAAGAGAUGUUUCUAAGGAUAUAUAGUGAAAUACCGAUAUAAAUAUUGAUAUUUAAUUCAUCUAAUCUUCGACUAUUACCACUUUACGCUUUGGCUCGCCACCGAAACUCAUGUGAUAUGAAUUUAUAAAUAUUUCUAUCAUUGGUGUGCCAUGCAAUACUAAUUCAUUUUUACUGAAAUGUUUUUUAUAUUGAUUCUAUUUCAUUUUAUUUAUGGGUACCGACAUACAUCUUCUUUUCGGUUAUAUGUGAACGUACAGUCUAUUCAUAAUUGCGAUCGGUGUAAGUUCUGUUAAUUAAAUAGAUUGUUUUGAAUUGAUGACUGAAAAUAAAUUAUCAGGAUUAUUUUCAAUAAAAUAACUUAACA